UCUUUUUCGCCUGUUGAGCCGCAUCACCCCGCUGGCAGACGAGCUCUCUGCACUGCGAGCUUCCGCAGUUAUUGUCACAACUUUGCCAGAUGGAUCUGACAGGAUAUUCGCUUUUAUUUCUCCUCCAUGUAGCAACAGUGUAUUGCAACCCCGGGCCGUUAGUGGACGUUGUUGUCGAUCGGUACGACAUACCGAGAGUUUGUCCUCGAGAAGUGCGGACAGAAGAUUUUAUCCGUUAUCAUUUUAACGGCACUUUCUUUGCGGACGGGAAAAAGUUUGACUCCAGUCAUGAGCGAGGCAAAGCCUUCAUCAGCCAGGUGGGCCUGGGCAGACUCAUCACCGGGAUGGACCGCGGCCUUCAGGGCAUGUGUGUCAAUGAGCGCAGGAGGAUCACAAUCCCCCCGCAUCUGGCCUACGGAAGCGUCGGAACAGGUGGCAUAAUCCCCCCCGACGCCGUGCUGGUGUAUGAUGUUCUCCUGCUGGACAUAUGGCACGCCGACGACACGGUUCAGAUCCGCACGCUCAGCAAACCCGCGAGCUGCAGCCGCAACACCGCGGCCUCAGAUUUCAUCCGUUACCACUACAACGGCACACUGCUGUCUGGCGACGCCUUCGACUCCAGUUACUCGAGGAAUGCGACCUAUGACACCUACGUGGGGCAGGGUUACCUCAUCAAAGGCCUGGACGAGGGUCUCUUGGGCAUGUGUGUUGGGGAGAGGAGGAUCAUCAUCGUCCCGCCCUUCCUGGCAUAUGGAGAGAGCGGCUCUGGAACUCGGGUCCCUCCUCAGGCCACGCUGGUGUUCGAGGUGCUGCUGCUUGAUGUGUUCAACCCUAAGGACGAUCUGAUUGUGGAGGUGAAGGAGGUGCCCGAGGGCUGCACCCGCAGGACAGUGACCGGAGAUUACAUUCGCUACCACUACAACGGCACCUUCCAGGACGGCACGGCCUUCGACUCGAGCUACCAGCGAAACAGCACCUACAACACUUACAUCGGCAUGGGAUACGUGAUCCAAGGGAUGGACAAAGCUCUGCAGGGGCUGUGCAUCGGAGAAAAGCGAAGGGUCAUCGUCCCUCCUCACAUGGCGUACGGCGAGGAAGGAGUAGGAGACCUCAUCCCCAGCUCUGCUGUGCUGGUCUUUGACAUUCACGUCAUUGAUUUCCACAACCCCAAAGACCCGGUCGAGAUUAAAGUUACCCACAGACCUCAGGAGUGCAGCAUGACCAGCGAAGCCGACGAUUUGAUUCAGUAUCGUUAUAAUUGCUCCUUGAUGGACGGCACCCUGCUGUACUCCUCGGACCAGUUCGACUCACCUUCCAUCACGACUCUCGGAGCAAACAAGGUGAUUCCAGGUCUGGAGAAAGGAUUGAGCAGCAUGUGUGUGGGUGAGAGGAGGGAAGUUGUCAUUCCCCCACACUGGGCACAUGGUGAAAAUGGAGCCGGAGGAGUUCCCGCUAGUGCAGUUCUCUUCUUUGAGCUGGAGUUGGUGAAGCUGCAGAAGGGUGUGCCUGAAGGCUACAUGUUCGUGUGGCUGGGAGACGGCCCAGAUCCCCUCUUUCCUGCUAUGGACCUCAACGGUAACAAAGAGGUCCCUCUAGAGGAGUUUUCAGCCUUCAUCAUGCUCCAAGUUAAGGAGGGAAAAGGGCGUCUUCAUCCAGGGGCCGAUGCCGACAGCAUCAUUAAGGACAUGUUCAAUAAUCAAGACCACAAUAAAGAUGGGAAAAUCGUAGAGGAUGAACUGAAACUCAAGGAGGGUGAGGAGCCUGAGCAAGCGAGACGGGACGAGUUGUAGAGGGAGCACAUGGAGUAUUUCUGUGGUGCUAAGAGCUGGCAUGCAGUGGUUGGGGUUAUACUGUCACCUUAGCAACUGUCGUGCUACCUAUUUUUAAAAUGUUUCCAUGAUUGAAACAUUGUUGAGCCUUUAGGCAGUCGGAUAGUUUGCUAUGUAAAGUUAAAAUAUAUCGGUGCUGUCUUACACCCGUAGCGGCAGAAUCGGUCAGUCAAAGCGGCUGAACAGGCAGACAGCACAGGAAAACUUCUGUAUUUGAGGGGUGAGCAUGUUGUGCAAAAGACACAGGUGUUGGGAAGUGCUAAGGACAGAAAAAUGGUCAGUGGUGAAAUUGUGUUUUGUUGAGAAGGGCACACUGAGAAAGCCAUAUUGGCUGGGCCCUUCUCCCAGAACAAACCAUUUCAUAGAAAUUAGUCGGCGCAGUCUGUCACAUAAGUGAUGAAAAACCACUGGUUGUACAGUGUUUUUGGGAGUGAAAAUCUAUUCUAGAAAAUUAUAUUACAAAGUGUGUUGUGGAACAUAAAAGGUUUUUU